AUGUCAUUCUGUUAAGAGUAAUUUUUUAUUAAUAUGUGAAGACCCAAAGUUGACUGUCAAUACCUGAAAUCCGUAAUAAAGAAUCUUAACACCAGAUUACACAUAUUAGAAAACACUAAUCAGAAUUGCGAAUUGAAAAAUAACGAAGUCAUGGAGUAAAUUACUGAGGAUUUAGUUAUCCCAAAACUCAAACUCAACAAAAUCCAAAUUGGAUUUAUCGAAAACAAUGUUCCUUAAAAGAAAGUCUUAGUGACCUUUGGAAACAAAGAGAAUUUCAGAAUGGACAAUUGUGAUCAAGUUGGAGAUAGAAUAGAUUAAAACAUUCUUGCUAUUAAUUAACCCUCUCCUCAAAAAAAAAUCAUAUCAUAGUCAUUGUUAGUGAGUUAAUAACUCCAAAUUCUCAAAUAAAAGGAUAAUAAGUUUAACAAUAUUAACAAAUAACCUAAACUCAAAUUAGUCAAACAGGAUUCCAAUCUAAUUCAUCCCAUUUUCUCAAAAAAGAAUUCCGAUUAAUAAUCACUAGGGACUAAAUUCUAUACUCGAAAUAAUUCAAUAUAGUCAACUCCUGUUAAAUAAAUUGCUUAUAAUUCAUCAUUAGGAACUACUCCAUUAAGAAGAAAGAAUUCUUAAAAGAAUAGCGAUGUAUUUAUCAAUUCAUUAUAAAUUGAUGAUACGAUGCAUAAUCAAAGCAAGUUUCUUAAAUAUUUUCAAUAAAAUUACGGAUCUAAUAAAUAAUGUAAUACUUUUGAUAAUGCUACUAUAAAUUUAUAGAGAAGAACUUCUUUAAAAUCUUAAAAUAAGAUCACUCUGGUUGAUGCUUAAAUUAUAAAUAUUUGA